AUGAGGGGACUCGUGGUACUGGCAGCCCUCCUGGCAGCUGCCCUUGGCACCGAGGUCUUUGUCGGACACCAGGUGCUCCGCAUCUCCAUGGCCAAUGAGGCACAGGUCGAGAAGAUGAGGGAGCUGGAGACGAUGGACCACCUACAGCUGGAUUUCUGGGUAAGCCCAUCACACCCAGAAAGACCUGUGGAUGUACGAGUCCCUUUUACCAGCCUCCAAGCCGUCAAAGUCUUCUUGGAACAAAACAACAUCCAGUAUUUCAUCCUGAUAAAGGACCUACAGCGGCUGGUGGAUGAUGAGAAGGCCCAGAUGGUUCGUCAACGUUCCCGAGCCCUUUCCGUGGAGACUUUUAACUACGCCACUUACCACACCCUGAACGAGAUCUACGACUUCAUGGACUUGCUGGUAGCCGAGAGGCCAAACCUGGUCAGCAAAAUAGAGAUUGGUUACUCAUCGGAGGGCCUCCCACUCAAUGUCUUGAAGUUCAGCACGGGAGGACCCAACCGCCCAGCGAUUUGGAUUGACACCGGCAUCCACUCUCGGGAAUGGGUCACUCAGGCCACCGGAGUCUGGUUUGCAAAGAAGAUCAUCAGUGAUUAUGGCAAAGAUGAAUCUCUGACCGCCAUUCUGGAUAAAAUGGACAUCUUCCUGGAAAUCAUCACCAACCCCGAUGGCUUCGUUUUCACCCACACCCAGAACCGCAUGUGGCGGAAGACCCGAUCCAUCAAUGCUGGAUCUUCCUGCAGAGGUGUGGACCCCAACAGGAACUGGGAUGCAGGAUUUGGAGGGCUUGGAUCCAGUAGGAACCCCUGCUCCGAGACUUACCAUGGCCCCCACGCCAACUCAGAGCCUGAGGUGAAAGCCAUCGUGGACUUUGUGAAGCAGCAUGGAAACAUCAAAGCCUUCAUCUCCAUCCACAGCUACUCUCAGCUCCUCUUGUAUCCUUAUGGCUACACCAAAACCCCAGUUCCUAACCAAAAGGAAUUGGACAGCAUUGCUACAGCUGCAGUCACCGCCCUGUCUUCCCUGUAUGGGACCAGCUACAGAUACGGCAGCAUCAUCACCACCAUCUAUCAAGCCAGCGGUGGAACCAUUGACUGGACUUACAACCAGGGCAUUAAGUACUCCUUCACAUUUGAGCUGCGGGACGCUGGCCGCUAUGGGUUCAUGCUCCCUGCCAACCAGAUCAUCCCCACUGCUCAGGAGACAUGGAAGGCGCUGAUGGUCAUCAUGGAGCAUGCGCGGGACCAUCCUUAUUAG